CGUGGCCGCGGCGCAGGGGCGUGGCUGCAGCGCGCAGGCGUCCUAGCGGCGGGUCCCUGCGUCUCAGGAUGGAGGGUCUUGCAGUUCAUCAGAAGAACAGAGGCACAUUAUAAAAUCUAGCAUUUCCAGCUGUAUUCCGUGAGUCCAGGAAAAUGGAUAUAGCAAGUCCCCCAACUUCCAAAUGCAUCACCUACUGGAAAAGAAAAGUGAAAUCUGAGUAUAUGCGCCUCCGGCAGCUCAAACGGCUUCAGGCAAAUAUGGGAGCAAAGGCUCUGUAUGUGGCAAAUUUUGCAAAGGUUCAAGAAAAAACCCAGAUCCUCAAUGAAGAAUGGAAGAAACUUCGAGUCCAGCCUGUUCAGCCAAUGAAGCCUGUGAGUGGACAUCCUUUCCUCAAAAAGUGUACCAUAGAGAGCAUUUUCCCAGGUUUUGCCAGCCAGAAUAUGCUGAUGAGGUCUCUGAACACUGUUGCCUUGGUUCCCAUCAUGUAUUCCUGGUCCCCUCUCCAGCAGAACUUCAUGGUGGAAGACGAGACAGUUUUGUGCAAUAUUCCCUACAUGGGUGAUGAGGUGAAGGAAGAAGAUGAAACUUUUAUCGAGGAGCUGAUCAAUAACUACGAUGGCAAAGUUCAUGGAGAAGAAGAGAUGAUCCCUGGGUCUGUUCUGAUCAGUGAUGCUGUUUUCCUGGAGCUGGUGGAUGCCCUCAACCAGUACUCAGAUGACGAGGAGGAAGGGCACAAUGACACCUCCGAUGGGAAGCAAGACGACAGCCAAGAAGAUCUGCCAGUAACAAGAAAGCGGAAGCGCCACGCUAUGGAAGGCAACAAAAAGAGCCCCAAGAAACAGUUUCCAAACGACAUGAUCUUCAGUGCCAUUGCUUCAAUGUUCCCCGAGAAUGGUGUCCCCGAUGACAUGAAGGAGAGGUAUCGAGAGCUAACAGAGAUGUCAGACCCCAAUGCACUGCCCCCUCAGUGCACACCCAACAUCGAUGGCCCCAACGCCAAGUCGGUGCAGCGGGAGCAGUCUCUGCACUCUUUCCAUACCCUUUUUUGCCGCCGCUGCUUCAAAUACGACUGCUUCCUACACCCUUUCCAUGCCACGCCUAAUGUAUAUAAACGCAAGAACAAAGAGAUCAAGAUUGAACCAGAACCAUGUGGUGCAGACUGCUUCCUUUUGCUGGAAGGAGCAAAGGAGUAUGCCAUGCUCCAUAACCCACGGUCCAAGUGCUCUGGGCGCCGCCGGCGAAGGCACCAUGUGGUCGGUGCUUCGUGUUCCGGUGCAUCCGCCUCUGCUGUGGCUGACACUAAAGAAGGAGACAGUGACAGGGACACUGGCAAUGACUGGGCCUCCAGUUCUUCAGAGGCUAACUCUCGCUGUCAGACCCCCACGAAACAGAAACCCAGUCCAGCCCCACCUCAGCUCUGUGUCGUGGAAGCCCCAUCAGAGCCUGUGGAAUGGACUGGAGCUGAAGAAUCUCUUUUCCGAGUCUUCCACGGCACCUACUUCAACAACUUCUGCUCGAUAGCCAGGCUUCUGGGGACAAAGACGUGCAAGCAGGUCUUUCAAUUUGCAGUCAAGGAGUCACUGAUCCUAAAGCUGCCAACAGAUGAGCUCAUGAACCCUUCGCAGAAGAAGAAGAGAAAACACAGGUUGUGGGCCGCACACUGCAGGAAAAUUCAGCUGAAGAAAGAUAACUCUUCCACACAGGUGUAUAACUACCAACCCUGUGACCACCCGGACCGACCCUGUGACAGCACCUGCCCCUGCAUCAUGACCCAGAAUUUCUGUGAGAAGUUCUGCCAGUGCAGCCCAGACUGCCAGAAUCGUUUUCCUGGUUGUCGCUGUAAGACUCAGUGCAAUACCAAGCAGUGUCCUUGCUAUCUGGCAGUACGGGAGUGUGACCCUGACUUGUGCCUCACCUGUGGGGCCUCAGAGCACUGGGACUGCAAGGUGGUAUCUUGCAAAAACUGCAGCAUCCAGCGUGGCCUCAAAAAGCACCUGCUGCUGGCCCCUUCUGAUGUGGCCGGAUGGGGCACCUUCAUCAAGGAGUCUGUGCAGAAGAAUGAAUUCAUUUCUGAAUAUUGUGGUGAGCUCAUCUCUCAGGAUGAGGCUGAUCGGCGAGGGAAAGUCUAUGAUAAAUAUAUGUCCAGCUUCCUCUUCAACCUCAACAAUGAUUUUGUAGUGGAUGCUACCCGGAAAGGAAACAAAAUUCGCUUUGCAAACCAUUCAGUGAAUCCCAACUGUUAUGCCAAAGUGGUCAUGGUGAAUGGAGAUCACCGCAUCGGGAUCUUUGCCAAGAGAGCGAUUCAGGCUGGCGAAGAGCUCUUCUUUGACUAUAGGUACAGCCAAGCUGAUGCCCUCAAGUAUGUGGGCAUUGAGAGGGAGACCGACGUCUUCUAGCCCUGCGGGUCCUGUGACAGUGCUGUGGUAGUGGCACCGUCUUGGCUUUAGGCCCGCACCGCUGCUGCUCCUGCUCCUGCAAUGUCUUCCACGCGGAGAACGCCCGCCCACUGCUGAGUAACUAGACCUCCACUGUACCCCAAGGAAACACACUGCCUCAGCAAGAAGGGAGGCAGAUGGUGAAGACCCGGUCUCCUAGGAGACCUCGGAUGUGAGAAGGGCACCUCCAGAUCAGAAGAGGAGGCCUUGGGCUGGGUGGAUAUCUAGGCUUGUUUCUCCUCCGCUCCCAAACUGUGGGCCUCAGGAAUCAAUCAGCACUACCAAUUUAGAUUUCCCAGUCGAGUCCUUGUGCCACCGUCAGGCUCACUAAGUGAGCCUACAGGUGCUCAGGGUUAGAGGCGAGCCUGACAGGCAUUACCGAGAGAACUGAGAGGGAAAUGUGUCUCUGACAUCAAAGCAGAAAUGAAGGCUGCAGGAGGGAAAGCUAAGUGCCACCCUCCUGUGGACAGAGGGAGAGCCAGCCAGAGCCUGCUCAGGUGGCUUGGAAAAGCCUGUGUUAUAGACCAUGGGGGGAGAAGGGUGUUUUCAGACUCCUAGCACCAGUGACCCAGCUCCUUCCAAAGUUCUGGCUCAGUGGCGGCAGGCCCAGGCUGCUGAGCAUGCUCUGCCUGGCUGAGAGUAAGCACACUGGGUCACUAAGCUGCAGUUGUCCUCAGGCCUUCUGCUCCUCAGAGCUAGGUCCAUGGAGCAGCUUUGCGUCUUUCUUCAGGGUAGCUGUGUCUAGUCUAGACUAGAGAGGGAGCGGUUGCUGGUGUGCUUUACUCCGUCUGGAGUACCUGCUGUUGGUAAGUGUUCAGGGGUGGGUGAGGGAUGCCAUUGCACGUUCAGGAGGGUGUCACAGUGCAGGCAGACUACCGUUCUCUGAGAUUUAUGCAGAACCAAGCACUUUAACUUUCUUUUAGAAGGUCUAUAGACUGCAGUAGAGUUUGAGCCAAGGUCUCUGGGGUCCCUGCCCAAAUCCCGCUUCUGAAGGAGGGAGAGGGGAGUGGAAGGUUUUCCAGUUCUAGCUCAUCUCCUGAGAGAGGCAGGAGCUGGCUUGACACGAGAACAAAAACUGGUCAGCACAGCUGCCUUGGGUCUGGUGUGCUGAGAACCGGGGCAUCAUUCUGGGUAGAAAGGACCCAGGCAGGCACAGCUGACCUAGGGAGUGUUGGAACCAGAGUGUCUCCCAUGGACCAGUCAGCUCCUCUUGCCCCACCAAAGAAGCCAGGCUCCUUUGGCCAUACUGCCUCUUAGGAAUUUGCAUGGGACUUGCAUGCUUGUGCAUAUACACCCCCCUCACUGCACUGGUAGGCACUUGUGCCUCACACAGCACGUACCCAACAGCUUCUGAUAGUAGCUUCUCACCAUGCCCAAGUUGGGCCAGCCCCCAUCACAGUUCUGAAAUUGACGUCUGCCAGUGGUUUGUGUCUACUAUGAGUAUCAGGGAUACCCUCAAGCCUACCCGUAGGCUCUGAACUACUCAAUUCUCUGGAAAAACCAGAGACAGGCGGACAAGGGCCUGGCCAUGAGGAAUGCUUUAAAACAUGUUGGUUCUAGGUUGACCUCCGCCUUCCCUCAGCAGUCACUAGCAGGCCACAAAUACUCAUGCUCCUCCAGCCGCCAUUCCUGGUCCCUGCUGUCCUCUACUUUUAAUGACGGGUCCCAACCCUCCUCCCCACUUCUGCCCCACCUCGUGUAAGAUGAUGGAAACGCAGAGGUGGUGUGGACUGGAGGGGAGCUGGUGUACAUGUGGCUUUAUUGCCAGUGAAUUUCUUGCACUUUAAAGUCCUGUGGCUUGUGACCUCUUACCUAAUAAAAGUGUUAGAAUCCA